GACUGGUGGCGGCGGCUGUUUCCGGGCUUAGCGGGGGCUGGAGCGGCCGCCGAGUAGGAGGCGGUGGUGGCAGUGGCCACAGAGUGCAGAGUGCGGGCUUGGGGGCCAGGCCCUGCCGAGGGCAGGGAAAGUUACCUUUUCUUUCCCGAAGGUGCCGAUAGAGCCGGUGGCUGAGCGACAAGAUGAAUUUCCUCCGCGGGGUAAUGGGGGGUCAGAGUGCCGGACCCCAGCACACAGAAGCCGAGACGUUUGUCCUUAUCUCAGCCAGGUUAAUUCUGAAAGAAUUCAAAAGCUUUGUGACAGAGUUGCUUCAUCUACUUUGCUGGAUGACCGAAGAAAUGCUGUUCGUGCUCUCAAAUCAUUAUCUAAGAAAUACCGCUUGGAAGUAGGUAUACAAGCUAUGGAACAUCUUAUCCAUGUUUUACAAACAGAUCGUUCGGAUUCUGAAAUAAUAGGUUAUGCUUUGGACACACUGUAUAAUAUAAUAUCUAAUGAUGAAGAAGAAGAAGUAGAAGAAAAUUCCACAAGACAGAGUGAAGAUUUGGGAAGCCAGUUUACAGAAAUUUUCAUUAAGCAGCAGGAAAAUGUUACUCUCCUAUUAUCUUUAUUGGAGGAGUUUGAUUUCCAUGUCCGCUGGCCUGGUGUGAAGCUUCUUACUUCUCUUUUAAAACAGCUAGGGCCUCAGGUGCAGCAAAUCAUUUUAGUCAGUCCCAUGGGUGUUUCGAGAUUGAUGGACUUAUUAGCAGAUUCCAGGGAAGUUAUACGUAAUGACGGUGUGUUACUACUACAGGCACUAACAAGAAGCAAUGGAGCCAUCCAGAAAAUUGUUGCUUUUGAAAAUGCUUUUGAGAGACUACUGGACAUUAUUACAGAGGAGGGGAACAGUGAUGGAGGCAUAGUAGUGGAAGAUUGUCUGAUUUUGCUCCAAAACUUGUUAAAAAACAACAAUUCCAAUCAAAAUUUUUUUAAAGAAGGCUCAUAUAUUCAACGUAUGAAACCUUGGUUUGAUGUUGGCGAUGAAAAUUCUGGCUGGUCUGCACAGAAAGUGACUAAUCUGCACGUAAUGCUACAGCUGGUUCGUGUGCUGGUAUCUCCCACCAACCCUCCGGGUGCUACCAGUAGCUGCCAGAAAGCUAUGUUCCAGUGUGGCUUACUGCAGCAACUUUGCACUAUCCUAAUGGCCACUGGAGUGCCUGCUGAUAUCCUGACUGAGACCAUUAAUACUGUGUCAGAAGUUAUUCGAGGCUACCAAGUAAACCAAGACUACUUUGCUUCUGUAAAUGCACCUUCAAACCCACCAAGACCGGCAAUCGUGGUACUUCUCAUGUCCAUGGUUAACGAAAGGCAGCCGUUUGUAUUGCGCUGUGCCGUUCUCUACUGUUUCCAAUGUUUCUUAUAUAAAAACCAAAAAGGACAAGGAGAAAUUGUGUCAACGCUUCUACCUUCCACUAUUGAUGCAACAGGUAAUUCAGUCUCAGCUGGUCAGUUAUUAUGCGGAGGUUUAUUUUCUACUGAUUCACUUUCAAACUGGUGUGCUGCUGUGGCCCUUGCCCAUGCUUUGCAAGAAAAUGCUACCCAGAAAGAACAGUUGCUCAGGGUUCAACUUGCUACAAGUAUCGGCAACCCUCCAGUUUCUUUAUUGCAACAGUGCACCAACAUCCUUUCACAGGGUGAUAAGAUCGACAGACGGGGAAGCAAAAUACAGACAAGAGUUGGGUUACUAAUGUUGCUUUGUACCUGGUUAAGCAACUGCCCCAUUGCUGUAACGCAUUUUCUUCACAAUUCAGCCAAUGUUCCAUUUCUUACGGGACAAAUUGCAGAAAAUCUUGGCGAGGAAGAGCAGUUGGUACAAGGCUUAUGUGCCCUUCUGUUGGGCAUUUCGAUUUACUUCAAUGAUAACUCACUUGAGAGCUACAUGAAAGAGAAACUAAAACAACUAAUAGAGAAGAGGAUUGGCAAAGAAAACUUCAUAGAGAAACUAGGAUUUAUUAGCAAACAUGAGUUGUAUUCCAGAGCAUCUCAGAAACCGCAGCCAAACUUCCCCAGUCCAGAAUACAUGAUAUUUGAUCAUGAGUUUACGAAGCUGGUAAAAGAACUUGAAGGUGUGAUAACUAAGGCUAUUUAUAAGUCCAGUGAAGAGGAUAAAAAAGAAGAAGAAGUGAAGAAAACAUUAGAACAGCAUGACAGUAUUGUGACUCACUACAAAAACAUGAUUCGAGAGCAAGAUCUGCAGCUUGAGGAAUUAAAGCAGCAAAUUUCUACGUUAAAAUGUCAAAAUGAACAGCUCCAGACAGCAGUCACACAGCAAGUAUCUCAGAUUCAGCAACACAAAGAUCAGUAUAAUCUUCUUAAAGUACAGCUAGGAAAAGAUAAUCCGCAUCAAGGUUCUUACAGUGACGCGACUCAGAUGAAUGGCAUUCAGCCAGAAGAAGUUGGGAGGUUACGAGAAGAGAUAGAAGAAUUAAAAAGUAAUCAGGAGCUUUUACAAAGCCAGCUGGCUGAAAAGGACUCUCUGAUUGAAAAUUUGAAAUCUUCCCAAGCAUCACCUGGCACAAAUGAACAGUCUUCAGCAACAGCUUCUGCUCAAGAUUCUGAACAAAUUGCAGAAUUAAAACAGGAACUGGCAACAUUAAAGUCUCAGUUAAACUCACAAUCUGUGGAGAUCACCAAACUGCAGACAGAAAAGCAGGAGCUGUUACAGAAAACAGAAACAUUUGCAAAACCAGCCCCUGUACCAGGAGAGAGUGAAGCUGUAGCAGCUGCAAAGACGACGGACGUGGAAGGAAGACUGUCAGCAUUAUUACAGGAAACGAAAGAAUUAAAGAAUGAAAUUAAAGCUUUGUCUGAGGAAAGAGCUGCUAUUAAAGAGCAGCUGGAUGCAUCUAACAGCACCAUUGCCAUUUUACAAAAUGAGAAAAACAAACUUGAGGUGGAUGUUACAGAUUCUAAAAAAGAGCAAGAUGAUCUGUUGGUGCUGUUGGCUGAUCAGGAUCAGAAAAUAUUUUCAUUAAAGAAUAAACUCAAGGAACUUGGUCACCCGGUUGAAGAAGAGGAUGAACUUGAAUCCGGAGACCAGGAUGAUGAGGAAGACGAAGAUGAAGAUAAUGGCAAGGACCAGGGUCCUAUCUAGCUUUAAAUCUCCAGGAAUGGUAGAGACUAUAUUGUAACUUUGAAGAUGGAGUCUUAAGACAGUGCUUUGGUUUGCCUCCACAGAAAAUAAAGAUUUAGAAACCCAAAUGGCAAAUACUCACUAAUAAGACUAUUGAUGUAUUUUUAAUGAUGCCACCCAUGUUGAACACCCUAAAACUAACUUCCUGCAGAACACACAUCUUUUAUUGAAAUUCAUCUGAAUUGUUCUGAAUGAUAAUUUGCGAAGAGCUUCAGACACUAAAAAUACACCAUUUUAAAGCAUGUGGUGGCAGUGCUAUUUGCCUUAGUUUAUUGGUUGUUUACCUAUGUUCUGUAUUAGUCUAUUAUUUUCACUUUUCAGAAUACGUGACUUUAAGUACUAACACAUUUGAUUUAAUGUGUAUUGGAGUCAUUGUUUCUAAAUUCAGCAUUGGGCUUCUUAGCUAAUGAUUUCCCUUUAAAGAAAUGGAUUUACUGAAAGGCAAGAUAGCAUGGGCUGGGGCAUAAUAUAGAUCGUCAGCCCUCCAUCCAAUGUGACUCCUAAAAUGGGCAGGAUAGGACCGUUUAGAAUGAGUGCCUUGACACCUGAUACGGCUGCACUCUGUAUUGUUUUCCAGGGAAGACACCAAAGGACACUGACACUCACAGAUGAGGAGGGUGUUUCUCAGAACGUUUUGCAACAGUGUAUUAGCAUGCCGUUGGGUUGGGUUGGGUUGGGUUGGGUUUUAUUUUAAGCUAAACUUUAAAACAUUACAAAAUAACAGCUCAUACAACUCAGAUUUAGUAUUGUUGUCUGAUUAUCAUAAAACAUAGUAUGGUCCUAGUUUUAAAAAGACCCAAACUAUGAUUUAUAUAAUUUAUUGGCAUUUUUGCUGAAUAGGUUUAAGUCAGAUAAUAGAUUUUUAAAAAGCAAAUGAAGCAAUGUGUCAAAAUUUAAUGUUUCAUAAUAAAAAUAGAUACUAUGUUCACUUAA